CUACUUUUGAAGCAGAAAUUAUUAAUUCCAGUGAAUCAAAAGAACUUCUCGAAGGCCUAUGCAAAAAGAUGAAUGAGGCGUUAUACAAGGCCAAGAGCAAAACCUCUGAUGGUGGCGUUAACAAAGAAAACAUUCAAAAAGAUUCUGUUAAACAAAAAUUGUCUUACAGCAGUGAAGUAAAUAAUAAUGAAGUGGAACUUUAUAAAGAAUUAGAGGGCCAAACCUCUGAUGGUGGCGUUAACAAAGAAAACAUUCAAAAAGAUUCUGUUAAACAAAAAUUGUCUUACAGCAGUGAAGUAAAUAAUAAUGAAGUGGAACUUUAUAAAGAAUUAGAGGGCCAAACCUCUGAUGGUGGCGUUAACAAAGAAAACAUUCAAAAAGAUUUUGAGGCGAUUGGAGCAGAUGGCUUCGACCCCAUUCUGAAUUCUACAGAACAUUCAGAAAUUAGUUCAAAAGCAGUUAGUGGCUAUACCGACACUUUGGAAUCACUCGGAUCUAAUUGGCCAGAAUCUGCAACAUACGAUGGCAUCAACUCAUCAUUAACAAUAAACGAGUCAUUUUCAUAUGAAGCUCAACAGGUGAACUUUAUGAGAAAGAUAAUUGUGCACAAGACAUCGAAAAUGAAGGUACAAUAUUGA